AUGAGCUACACCAGCUUUACAACGUGGGAGAACCGGGAUGAAUGGCCCGAGCCUCCCAAGGGAUACUACUACAUGCCCCCCGAGGAGGACAUCAUCAAGCUCCGCGAGGUGAACGGAGAGAUACUCAACGACCCGCACAAGCCCCCUGCCGACUUUUACCUGUUCUCGAGGAUAGUACAGGACCCGCAGAGGCGGUGCUUCCAGGGCAAACCCGGGGAGCUUCCGAGCGUCGGCGAGCGGUGCUCGUUCUAUCUGAACAGCGAUCAGCAGCCCUUCCGUCUCCGGGCGCUCGUGCGCAGCUCGGAGAGACUCGUCUCGCAGGACGGGGGCGCCGAAGCGAAGGUCGUGGCCGUGGGCGUUAUGGAGCAGCUCGCUUUCCAGAUAGGCAAGAACACGAAGCCCUUCCGUGGCGACGACGUUUACAAGCUAGACCUCGAGUACGUGACCAUCGAAAACCCCGAGGGUAAUGAGGAGAAGGUGUGGACGAUCGUGGACAUCCAGGUGGCCACCCCGGAAGAGAGGGGCGGGAAGAACUUCCACGCCCACGGGUGGCUUAUGGAGAACAUGCCGGACAUCGGAAACAACAUGGCACCGGAACAGAGGAAUCGCACGUGGUGA